ACUGAGUUAAUUAAAACGCCCCCCUGAUUGGACGGACAGAUAAUCCCGGCGGGCAGCGCGCUCCUACUAAGUUGCGCGCAGGGCAGAGCGCCAGUCACAAUCUGCCCAAGGCGAGGGAGGGCGACAGAUAAACGACUGUAAAGGGGACACGGGCGCUCCAGUCUCGCCGAACACAAUUAGACAAGUGUUGUUGAACGUGGGUUAUGCGCGCAACAAGGAGGGAGCGCGGCGCUCAGAGGAGGUGAACGCGUGUAGAGGUUCAGACUCACAUCCACAGCCUCCUUCCUGAAGAGUCACAGCGCCAACAAGAGCAGGAGAGGCAGGAACUUCUACAACAACAAGAAGAAACUCCUGCACAGAACUUCUCCACUAUUCUGAAACCCCAAAACUUGGACAGAAGGACGCGAGGAGCCUUUUCCUGGUGGAAGAGAAAGAUGAAUGUUAGCGAAGAGAAUCUGCUCAAGUCCAUCAGCAACGACGCGCUCCUCGACCUGACGCAGCGGUACGGUCAGUCAGCCUUCGGCUUUGGCGCUGGCCAUGGUGCUGGAAGCCCCGGCCGCUUUCCACUCACACCGGCGACCGACUUCCUGUCGGGGCAGAAAGCGAAGUCCAACGAGAGCGGAGGGGAGCACACGAGUGACGACGAGGACGGCUUCGACGCGCUGGAGUCCCGGAAGAGGGGGUCCUCCUUCGGCGACGAGAAGCCCGGGGGGCCCCUCGCCAAGAAAACGAAGGAGCAGCGGUCUCUGCGGCUCAGCAUCAACGCGCGCGAGAGGAGGAGGAUGCACGACCUGAACGACGCGCUGGACGGCCUGCGCGCCGUCAUCCCGUACGCCCAUAGCCCCUCGGUGAGAAAACUCUCCAAAAUAGCCACGCUCCUGCUGGCUAAGAACUACAUCCUGAUGCAGGCGCAGGCUCUGGAGGAGAUGAGGCGGCUGGUGGCGUAUCUGAACCAGGGACAGAGCAUCACCUCGCCAAUCCCCACGGCUCUGGCGCCCUUUGGACAGGCUGCCGUUUACCCGUUCACGGGCUCCGCGCUCGCCACCUGUGCCGAAAAGUGCAGCACGUAUUCCGGGACACCAUCGAGUCUGUUCAAACACUGCAACGACAAGCCUUGAUUGAACUUCGACUCACUUUUGCUGAACUUUACCUGUACUGCCCCUCAUGUUGGUCUCUCUCCUGUUAUAAAAAAAACUUCAUUUGUGGAAAAUAAAAUUGUCGGAUGCUUAAAUCUAAGUUGGUUAAGUGAUCAUACUGCUUUGUUUCCUCCAGAUUGAACUAACUGCUGCAGAGUUAAACUGUGUUGGCCUUGUUUUUUUGACGUUUCUGUCAGUGUGGCGCUUUUCAAAUCGUUAGUUUGACACAAUUCCGGGAAGCUGUUGUUAUCCUUUUGCAAUCUAUGCAACAAUCCAAACGAAAACGAGAAAAUCCGGCCUGAUCUUGUUAUUAUUAAGAUUGGAUUCCCGUGACUGACUUGAUGAUGUGGGGCGAAAUUAUGAUGUGAUGUUAUUUAUUUAUUUAUUUAUUUUCCGGAUAAAGUGUGUUUGUUUGGAUUUAUGGCGCAAUUCUCAUGAUUGUAUGGUCCGUUCAACAUGAAGGAAAAUCUUUUUUUCUUCCUAUAGUUCCAAGAUUACAUAACUUCAGCCUGUAAACCCGAAGAAACGUUCUGGUUCUGUUGUAACAUGGAUUUCAUAUAUUGUUUAUAUGUAUUUAUAAUUAAAACACUUAUCUAGGCUCAGA